AAUGUCAGUCAAACCGACUUUGCGAAACGCGUUUGUUUUUUUACAUAUUCUUGUUGUCUAUAUACUAUUUUUGUCUUUAAUCUUAUAACUGUUUACUUGUGUCUUUCCGUUGCUAUGAAUUUCUAAGUUUUAUUAUUACAAAAUGAAGUAAUAUCUUAGUGAAAUGUAAUUAUUAAUAAAAGUUGUUUACGUCAAAAUAAUUGAUUACACGGAUGUUUUGUAUUCCUAACCUCUAAGCGAAUUUGCCGGACUUUAAAUAUGUUCUCGAUCUGCCGGCAAACUCACCCAGCCACUGGGAUUGAGCACGCCGUGAGCUGUUGCUUCUUUAACAAUGAAGACGUAUGCCUGGUCACCGCUGGUGCCAAUAUUAUUAAGGUUUUUAGACUAUUACCUGAGGGGCCCACUAAAGAAGUUAAUGCUGCUGGCCAACCAAUACCCCCUAAAAUGAAGCUGGAAUGCCUAGCGUCUUAUACUCUUUGGGGUAAUGUAAUGUCCAUGGCGUCUGUGCGUAGUCCAAGUUCAGGCAGAGAUCUGCUGCUUGUGUCAUUCAAGGAGGCCAAACUGUCUGUGCUGCAGUAUGACCCUCAGACAAACAAUCUUAUAACUCUUAGUAUGCAUUACUUUGAGGAGGAUGAUAUGAAGGGUGGUUGGACAACACACCCCCACAUACCGUGGAUCCGUGUGGACCCAGAAUUCAGAUGUGCUGUUAUGUUACUGUAUGGAAAGAAAUUGGCUGUGUUACCAUUUAGGAAGGACAUCACAUCAGAAGAAGGUGACCCAUUAGAAGCUAAACCAUUUGACGACAGUAAAAAAAAUCAACCUACCCAACCGAUCGCGCGAGCACCAACGCUAGCCUCCUAUGUGAUAGUGCUAAAAGAUCUAGACGAGAAGAUAGACAAUAUUCUAGACAUACAGUUCCUCCAUGGUUACUACGAGCCUACAUUAUUGCUGCUAUAUGAACCUGUCAGGACUUUUCCUGGUCGUACAGCGGUACGCAAUGACACGUGCGCAAUGGCCGGCGUAUCGCUGAACAUGAGCGCCAGAGUGCAUCCGGUCAUCUGGGCCAUUGGUGGGCUACCCUUCGACUGUUUGCAGGCAGUGCCUAUACAGAAACCUCUGGGUGGCUGUCUAAUAAUGGCAGUAAAUUCGCUGAUCUACCUAAAUCAGUCGGUUCCUCCAUAUGGCGUUUCAUUGAACAGUAUAGCUACCCACACUACCAAUUUUCCGCUUCGCAUCCAGGAGGGCGUGUGCAUCACGCUGGACGGCGCGUGCGUGGCGGCGCUGGGCGAGGCGCGGCUGGCGCUGUCGCUGCGCGGCGGCGAGCUGUACGUGCUCACGCUGCUGUCCGACUCCGUGCGCAGCGUGCGCAGCUUCCACCUCGACCGCGCCGCCGCCUCCGUGCUCACCGCGCAGAUGUGCGUGAUCGAGGAAGACUUCUUGUUCCUGGCGUCCCGAUUGGGCAACUCGCUUCUGCUGCGUGUAACGGAGCGCGAGAACCGCAUGCUAUUCUCCGUUGAUAAGCCGCUAGAGGCCACUGUCGACCUCACCCUCACCGAGGCAGAAAGAGAGUCAGCGUCCAGAGAGCAGCAGAAGGAGACCGCAUCGGACCCUGCCGCCAAGAAGCGGCGGUUGGACACUAUCAGCGACUGCGUGGCUACCAACGUAAUCGAGAUUAGCGACAAGGACGAGCUCGAGGUGUACGGCUCCGACAUACGCACCUCCACGCAGCUCACCAGCUACGUGUUUGAGGUGUGCGACUCGCUGCUGAACACGUGCCCGCUGGGCGCGGCGUCGAUGGGCGAGGCGCUGGCGGCGGGCGCGGCGCGCGGCGUGGAGCUGGUGGCGGGCGCCGGCCGCGCCAAGAACGGCGCGCUCUGCGUGCUGCAGCGCAGCGUGCGCCCGCUGCCCGUCACCGCCUUCCACCUGCCCGGCUGCAUCGACAUGUGGACGGUGCGCGGGCCGGGCGGCGGACCGGUGGCCAGUGCGGAGGUGGAGGCGGGCGGAGCGCCGCACGCCUACCUCAUCCUCACGCAGGAGGACUCCUCCAUGAUUCUGCAGACCGGUCAGGAGAUUAAUGAGGUGGACAACUCAGGAUUCAUGACCAAUGCACCCACUAUAUUCGCGGGCAACCUUGGGAAUAACAAAUACAUGGUCCAAGUCACCACCACUGCCAUCAGACUAAUAAAUAACGGCGCGCUGCUGCAGACGCUGCAGCUGGAGUGGACGGGCGCGUGCGGCGCGGCGGCCGACCCGUACGUGUGCGUGCUGUCCACCUGCGGCCGCGCGCUCGUGCUCGCGCUGCGCGAGUUCCGCGCCAAGGACGGCAUGACGGCGCGGCUGGCGCCGACGCGGCAGGGCGUGUCGGCGCGGCCGCCGCUGGUGCGCGCGGCGCCCUACCGCGACCUCAGCGGCCUCUUCACCGCCGGCCUCGCCGCGCCGCAGGUGAAAGGCGAGUUCACUGGAAAGAAAGGCAAGGACGUGAAAGCUGAAGGUUUCAAGCCGGGUGCUGUAUACGAGCUCAACGACGAGGACGAGUUACUCUACGGUGGUGAUCAGACACCGGCAUCUAUGGCCAGCAUAAUGUUAGCGGAACAGUCAAAGAAUCCGGGCGUGCCCCGCCGCAUCUCGCGCUGGUGGAAGAAGUACCUCACCGAGCCCAAGCCUACGUAUUGGCUGUUUGUGGUGAGAAACAACGGCAACCUGGAGAUCUACUCGUUGCCCGAGAUGCGGCUCAGCUUCCUCGUCAGGGACGUCUGCGCCGGGCACAGGAUACUUGCAGAUAGUUUGGAGUCAGUACCAAUUAUCACCAAUCCAGUGGAUGAAGAGGAACUAAACACUUUAGCGCCCAACCCUGAGGUGGAAAAGCUCAAAGAACUAUUGGUGGUCGGGGUCGGAUAUAAAGGUACCAGAGUACUGAUGCUUAUGAGGUUCGAUGAUGACCAGCUGAUGAUAUAUCAGGCAUACAGAUAUCCUCGCGGCAACCUGAAGAUGCGUUUCUCCCGCGUGCCGGUAUCGUUCCCGUUCGGCCGCCGCGCCGCGCCGCCCGCCGCCGCCGCCGACGGCCGCGACGCCGCCGUGCUGCGGGACAAUGUGCGCCAGCUGCGGUAUUUCAGUAACGUGGGCGGAUACAACGGUGUGUUCGUGUGUGGCCUCACGCCGUACCUACUGUUGCUGCCAGCCCGCGGGGAACUCCGCGUGCACCCACUAGCUAUCGACGAGGCGCCCGUGCCCACCUUCGCGCCCUUCAACAACACCAACUGCCCGCAAGGGUUCCUGUACUUCAAUGCCAAGUCGGAGCUGCGCAUCGCCGCGCUGCCGGCGCACCUGUCGUACGACGCGCCGUGGCCGGUGCGCAAGGUGCCGCUGCGCAUGACGCCGCACUUCGUCACCUACCACCUCGAGUCGCGCACCUACUGCCUGGUCGCGUCCGCCGCCGCGCCCGCCGCCGCCUACUACCGCUUCAACGGCGAGGACAAGGAGCGCUCCAGCGAGAACAAGGGCGACAGGUUCCCGUACCCGAUGCAGGAGCGUUUCUGCGUGUCCCUGUUCUCGCCGGUGUCGUGGGAGAUCAUACCCAACACGCGCAUCGAGUUCGACGAGUGGGAACACGUCACCUGUCUCAAGAAUGUGUCUCUGUCCUACGAAGGCACCAGGUCCGGUUUGCGCGGAUAUAUUGCAAUAGGUACGAAUUACAACUACAGCGAGGACAUCACGUCAAGGGGACGGAUAAUAAUCUACGACAUCAUCGACGUCGUCCCGGAGCCUGGUCAGCCGCUCACGAAGAACAGGUUCAAGGAACUAUACGCCAAAGAGCAGAAAGGACCGGUCACAGCCCUCACUCAGGUGCUGGGCUACCUCAUAUCCGCUGUCGGGCAAAAGAUCUACAUCUGGCAGCUGAAGGACAACGACCUGGUGGGCGUGGCGUUCAUAGACACGCAAAUAUACGUGCACAGGAUGCUGGCAGUGAAGAACCUCAUCCUGGUGGCGGACGUGUACAAAUCCAUAUCGCUGCUCCGCUACCAGGCGCAGCACAGGACCCUCUCGCUCGUCUCCAGGGACUUCAGGAGUGCACAGAUCUACGACAUGGAGUUCAUGGUGGACAACACGAGUCUCGGGUUCCUUGUGAGCGAGGCGGACGGUAACUUCGCCUUGUUCAUGUACCAGCCGCAGGCCCGGGAGAGCUAUGGCGGCCAACGUCUGAUCCGCAAGUGCGACUACCACCUCGGGCAGCAGGUCAACGCCAUGUUCCGCAUCGCAGCGCGGCAGCCGUCCCCCACGACGCUGCCGAGGCGGCAUGUCACCAUGUUCGCGACGCUGGACGGCGGGCUGGGGUACGUGGUGCCGCUGAGCGAGAAGACAUACCGGCGGCUGCUCAUGCUGCAGAACGUCAUCAACAACUACGCGUGCCACAUAGCCGGUCUCAACCCGCGCGCCUUCAGGACAUACAAGCCGCUGCGUCGUGGCAGCGGGGCGGCCGCGCGGGGAAUAUUGGACGGCGACUUGGUAGCACUCUUCCCCUCGAUGCCCAACGCUGAGAAACAAGACAUCGCAAAGAAAAUUGGCACAAAAGUUGAGGAGAUCAUGGCGGAUCUGUACGAGAUUGACAGAAUGACGGCGCAUUUCUGAAUAGUAAUAGACUGACGGCCAAUUUCUGAAUUAAUAGCAGAACUAUUUGGAAUAAUUUUGUAAAUAUAACAUUUAAGUGAUCAAGUAUUAUAAUUUUUCCUUA